CGACAACAUCAAACCCCCGCGCAUCUUUCGUUUUCCUUCGCCAUCGACCCUCAACCACCUCACUAUCGUCAUGACGAUCGAAGUGUAUGCCGACGAGCUCCUACGCCUAACGGUGAAAGAUAUUGGGGAUGAGGUCCUUAUUGAGAUCAAAGAUCCGGAAAACCAAACUGAGAAACAUUUAGCACAUCUACGAGAACUCAUCGAUAAACGGUUUGAGAAAGACUGCUCGCGGGCGGUGAACGCAGACGAGCUCGGGGAUCGGCUAGGCCGUCUCCCUUCGCGAAAGUCGACGCCCUCCUCCCGUUCCCGCUCAUUGUCCGUCACUCCAUCCUUUACUGAGGAAGAAAUCAGAAAAAUGACUUGGAUCGGGGAAGAGGAGUCAUAUUGUGCUCUAAAAGCUGACGGGGGCCGGCCAUCACACCCUAUUGAUCUUGGCUUCGAUGUGCUAUAUAAUCCUGGAGAGUAUCAAGAUAUUAUCAAGUUUUGGCAAUCUUUCGGUGGAUGCGGCUUCCUAAGUGUAUUUUCCUGCCAACUCGGGCAUUGGAGGCAGUUCCGGGAGUUUCAAGAUCGGAUGCGAGAAUUUUACAAUCCGCGGAACAGGUUUCAAGAGUAUCAAAACAUCAUUCGAGAGAGUCAAGCAGACGCGGGAUGCAAAUGGGGCCUCCCAGUGCUGGAGGACCGGCACCAGCAGAACCGGUUGGAGGACUGGAACGAGUUUCGGGCCUUUUGCUAUCGAAGACUCAAAGCCUAUCGAAAAAGGAUCGAGCCCGCUGAGCGGGAGCUCUUGCACUAUCAGAAAAAGCUAGAGGAAGUGGAAGCACAAACACGAUUAACCGAUGUCAUUACUGAUCCGCAAGUCCUCUACAGCCGAUUGCAUGAGAUUACGGCCUCAGAGAAAGAGGUGGCUGAUGCGAAAUCGAGAGUGGAAUCAGCAGAGAAUGGAUUGAAAGCCGCAAAACGAAACAAUUCAAAGAGAAAGGCCAGCCUGAUUAGGGCAGCGUAUCAGAAACUUCGGUCCGCAAGAGACUGUCUGAUACACGUUUCUAGCUCUGAGGAAAUGAGAAGACUGCGUGAUGGCUAUGAUCUACAUAUAGCCCAGGAGGUUAUGGCCCACGCCGAGGGUGGGUUACGUGCGGCGCAGCUCAAUGUCAAGAGAUGGGAAGCGUUCGUGAAGUGGAUUGACGACCAAUAUCCCGUCAUCGCGGCCGAAUGCGGGUACCUUCAUAAUGAUAGUGGGAACAAUGUGACCCAAGGGUUUGGGGUUAAUGGCCGGAAGCAGACACCGCGUGCCCGGACGCAUCGGCGAAAAGAUGCAGAGACCAAGUCUGUUCUCAGUCCAAAUUCUUCUUCUAGGAUCUCGAAGUCGUCAAAGAGAAAGCCGGAUCGCACAAGGCAGGUCAGACGCGCUCAGAUUCUAUCACCGAGUACAAUACAGCAACUUCCUGUUGAAAGGCCUAUCCUACCUCGCCGAAGCGAACGAUUACAACAGUCUAAGGACCACCAAACAAGGCAAGUCCCUAACAUGAACGUUCUGCAUUCCGUUCGUUCUGCGAAAGUCACCAAGGUUUCGAAACGAGAUGUGACUCCUGGACAACAAUCUACACAGAGGGACCGUUCGAUCGCCAAAAGAAGUCCUGGAACGAAACAGACUGCCACGAGUGGAAACAGAACCUUACGCAGAAGCCAACGGUUGGCACAGCAAUCCGGACACUGCGGAUACAAGUAAUAUGAAUAUUUAUUUGCCUUCUUUUUGCAACUGCUAGUUUUGAACAAGCAGGCGACCUGUGGCUCUAUGCGGGGUCUAGCCAAGCGUCAUGAGGAUCGGCCCGAAGAUGUCGACAAACUUUUCCGCGGCCAAGGGUUCGAGUACGACAAUGUCUUUGACCGGACGAUUCGGGAAUUCCAGAGGCUUGAGCCUGACGCCUAGGAGCCCUCUACAUCGAAGGCCGUGGACGAGAGGCCAGGAGAGGACACCACGAAGUCAUCAGGGUAGUGGAGCCUAGGAUGUGACCAAGGCAACUCGUUAGAGGGUGGAAAGUAUCUGUCAUCGAGAGCCAGCCAUUCCACUGGGGAGCAACACCGACCGCGAGGCAGGAAAUCUAAAUUGCAAAUGGUUGGCUGGCAUUGGCAGACUGAGCGAAAGCCUGUUUGAAAGCCAUCAAAUGCCUCACCGGUUGAGAGGCUGGUCGUCAUUGUUGUCUGUGCGGCGACCGUUGGCGACCAUCGUGUGGCCCAGGCUGACGGGUUCGAGCUCAUCACGCGCUCGUGUCUGCUCGGCUAUCAGCUCCUCCGGAAGAUGUCCAAGAUAAUGUCUUUGACUGGAGCACUCCGCAGACUGGGGCCAGGUCUAAAUUCCCAAAGAGGAGACGGCUGCCCGAUUAGCAACCGUCACAUCCCGGUCAAGACAUUGGCAUCCCAAUAGUCCUGGAGCAGUCAUUGGAAACGCAGUCCUCUUGUCCCGUACCCAUCAAACAUGAAUCGGGUAGCAUGGAAAUUACAGUGCAGCACGAAGCGCUCCGGUGCUGUGUAGCUAGUCGAGGAAGCCAAUGACUGGGAUUUUUUUGUUCUCUGGUAUGACAAAACACGCGCUUUUCAAGUUUCGAAAAUAAUUGCGUAGUAUUUUUACUGUUGUUUGGACCGAGAGGAGUCAAUGUAUGUGUAAACCGAUCAACCUCGACUCAACAUGAGGGCUCUAAGUUCUCACUCUAAUCACUGCACCAGCUAGAGCCAUCCAAACUGAACAGUGUGCUCAACGAGCUUUAUUCAACAAAGGCAAUUAUCUUUGAUGCUGAAGAGUGGU